AUGGCACCUCUACCUUUCAGCUUGAUUCAGGAUUCAUUUUACGGCCUCAUAGCCGGGGUUGUUAUCUUUAUAUUCUCAGUGCUCAAGGCCAUCCAAGGCUUCCAAAGAUGGAAAUUCUCUCGACGACAUGGCUGCCAGGCACCUGUUCACUCAGUCUCUCACGGGUUGUUCGGCAUCGGGAUGAUCCUCGAGAUGGUCAAUGCUGGCCGAGAACACAAUUUCGUGGAACUUGUUCGCAGCUGGCAUCGAAGCUACGGCGAUACAUUCAAAGCGAGACUGGCCACUCGAAACGUUAUCUUCACGGUUGAGCCGAGAAAUAUUCAGGCAGUCCUUGCACUGAAAUUCAAAGACUUUGGAUUAGGCGAAAUACGAAAGGCUGCCGUACGUCCGGUCUUUGGCGAGGGAAUUUUCACUGUCGAUGGGAGCAAGUGGGAGCAUUCCCGCGCUCUUCUUCGCCCCAACUUCUCGCGCGCCCAGAUCACAGAUACGAAAAUAUAUGAAAGCCACGUUGCGGCUCUUUUGAGGCUCAUCCCCCGGGAUGGGUCAACUGUUCAGUUGCAAGACUUAUUUUUCAGACAGGUAAUUGUAGUCUUUGAUGUUUUCUCCAUAUAUCUCACUAACUCAUUCAAGACUCUUGAUACAGCCAGCGAGUUCUUGUUUGGGGAGUCUGUUCACUCACUCCGGGAGGAAACGUCCGCCGAAGCCGCAUCAUUUGCCAAAAAUUUUAACGUCGCCCAGGAAGGAACUGCGAUCCGUUUUAGACUUGGUCCUUUGAUGAAAUUCUAUCGGAACAAGGAAUACACAAAAGCAACCAUUGAGGUGCGGGAUUUUGUUGGAAGAUUUGUUCAGAAAGCCAUUGAUUACCGCAUUGCAGUCAACAAGGGUGAAAAGGUCGACCCGGAGAUUAAAAAGCUGACUGACAAUCAAUACAUAUUUGCCUACGAGCUAUCAAAGCAAACGCUCGACAAGAAGGAGAUUACAGACCAGCUGUUGAGCAUUCUAUUGGCCGGUCGUGAUACAACGGCCAACCUAUUGGGUACUACAUUCUUCAUGUUGGCAAGAAGACCUGAUAUAUGGAAAAGGCUUCGAGCCGAAGUCCUUGCCCUGGAUGGACGAAAGCCAUCGUUCGAAGAGCUGAGAGCGAUGACAUACAUGUCAUGGAUCUUUAACGAGUCUCUGCGCCUGUAUCCCAUCGUUCCCUUUAAUCUGCGAUGUGCUCUCAAAGACACAUUUCUUCCGGUGGGCGGUGGUCCAGACGGAAAAUCUCCUGUCUUCGUACCGAAAGGCGAUGAGGUGAUUUACAAUAUAUACACAAUGCAACGCGAUACUGAAAUAUACGGGGCCGAUGCCGACGAGUAUCGACCAGAGAGGUGGGAAAAUUUGAGACCGGGAUGGGCAUAUCUCCCCUUCAAUGGCGGCCCCCGCAUUUGCAUUGGACAGCAAUUCGCACUCACUGAAGCUGGAUAUACGACUGUUCGAAUCAUGCAGGAGUUUGAGAGAAUUGAGAAUAGGGACUCAAGCCCUUGGAUCGAGGAAUAUCAAUUGACAAUGUCGAACGCUAACGGAACUCUUGUUUCUAUGACGCCAGCUCAGAAUUGA